AUGAGCGGCAGAAGUGACUGCAACGUCCACGCCUUGGAGUUUCGCGAGGCCAAGCCCUCCCAAGGCGAUGCCUCACGGCCAAUUGCAGAUUUGUUUCGCUUGGAUAACCGAUCGAUCAUAAUCACUGGUGCAAAUGGCUUUUUGGGAACUACACUCGCAAUCGCAAUCUUCGAGAGCGGCGCCGAUGUCGUUUGCCUGGAUCUGCCAGCGUCUCCUAACGCUUCGAACUGGGGCGAAGUUGAAGCAGCUGCGAAGAAAUACGAGCUCCAGCUCUCAUACUACUCCCUCGACAUUACCGAUGAGAACGCCGUGCAAGACAUCUUCGCAGAAUUUAUGCCAACUUUACGCUACCCUCUCAAGGGCCUAGUCUCCUGUGCUGGUCUGUCGCGAAACGGACCCUCCACCGAGUUCCCCGCCUCUUCUUUCCGCCGCGUCAUGGAUAUCAACGUUACCGGCACAUUCCUCAUCGCACAAGCGGUUGCCAGAGAGUUGGUCAAGUCCAACACCACUGGAAGCAUGGUGCUAGUCGCCAGCAUGAGUGGAUAUGUCUCCAAUAAGGGCGUCGACACCGCCGGAUACAAUGCCUCCAAGGCUGCUGUUCACCAGCUUACUCGCUCAUUGGCUGCCGAAUGGGGCUCGCGUGUCGGAAUGCCACUUAUUCGAGUCAACUCUUUGUCUCCUGGCUACAUCCGCACUGCGGCAACGGCCGAGGCACUUCAGAAGCCUGGCAUGGAGUCUCAGUGGACUGGUGAUAAUAUGCUGUUCCGCCUUAGUACGGUGGACGAAUUCCGUGCCCCGGUCUUGUACAUGCUUGGAGAUGGCAGUAGCUUCAUGACCGGUACAGAUCUACGUGUUGAUGGCGGCCAUUGUUCCUGGUAG